UUCUGUGAAAUAAUUCCAAGGUAGCAAAACAAUGGGCGAUGAAAAGUCCAAGUCAACGUCAGUGCUGCAGCAUAUAGAAUCGGCGCUAUAUGUGAUCAACCAGCUGUGCAUAGGAUUCGUCACCAUUUGGGUCAGCUGGACCUGUUUGCGACAGGACCUCUCGGGAAUUCGCCUGCAUGCCUGGCUGGUCACCUUCGGAUUUGUGUUCCUAAUGGCCGAGGGAAUGAUGUGCUUCUACGACGGCAGUUGGCUAACGGUGCGUUACUCCCGGAAGUACAAGACCGCCUUUCACGUGGUCCUUCAGAUCCUGGGGGGCGGCAUGGGCGUGGCCGGCUGUUUAAUCCAACUAAUACGUGACGAUUGGGCCAUCAGCGUCACGUUACAUGCCCGCCUGGGCUUCGCCGCCUUCAUCCUGUGCCUGAUCUCUCUGCUGAGUGGACUUGUCGCCUUCCUGGCGAGAUGCCUGAGCAGGACCAUCUCACCCUUGGCCAACAAGACCUUCCACGUGGUCCUCAGCAUUGCCGCCUUCGUGAUCGCCAUGAUGGCGCAGUUUUACGGAUACACGCAGACUCGAAUUUUCAAGGGCCAAGGACAGGAUUUCGUUGUUCUCAUGCAGGUCGUCACUAUGGUCCUAAUGGUCCUAACCAGCAUUGGCGCCAUUAAGUCGCUCUACCAGAAAUUUGGUAGCUUGACCAGUUAGAAACACUUGCGGUCUAUCCUUCAUCCUGUAUAUGGGGCAUUUAAAGCUAAGUUAGACUAUUUGUAUUUAUGUAAUAAGUUAUUAUAAUCAUAAGGAUACAUCAAAUAAUUAAGAGAACAAUAAAAAAUGACU